UGCUUGCGUGCGCCUGUGUGUGAGUCAGAGCAAAAACCGUGUAACACACAUGAACGGGCAUGACGGACGAGUUCUUUAUCGUGCGAUAUUGUGACACCAACUGAAGACAGACGGAUCGCGGAAGUGAGGCUAGUGAUAGAUAGAAUCAAGCCACACACCGUCCGCAAACCCGUGCGGAAGUUGGUGAAGCUUUUCGUUUAUUAUUUUCCGUCCGUCAUCGUCCGUGUCGGGACUGUGGGCACUGUGCGUGUUUGAGUUUGUGAGUGUGUCUCUGUGUUUGUGUGUGUAUGCAUGCGUGUGCGCUCCCUUCAUCGAACUCUGCCCCAGCUCUCUACGACGUCGUCGUUGUGCCGUUUCAUCGCAGUAGCAGCAGAAGCAGCAGCAGCUCGCGCAGAGCAAUAGACACACACGGGCAGGGUGUGUGAGAGUGUGUGAGCAGCACCAUUAGCCCCCACAAACAACAACGACGACGACGACGACGAGCUGGAGGUUUACAGUGAGCGGCGCUACACAGUCCUGCGUACAGGCGACUGUGUACGGUUGACAGGAUUAUUGGCUUUUUUACCGGCCCGUAGCACCCGCAGCAGUGGCGAAGGAAGCAGAUCCCUGGCAGUAGUGGCUCCAUAGCAACGUGAAGCAGCAGCAGCAGUAGUCGUCGUCGUACAGUUUAGAAAAACGGCCGAUAAAGGCACGCGCACGCACGCAAUACGCACGACAGAAUCGACGUAGGUGGUGCCUUCUGGUGGUGGUGUUCACUCCCUCCCCCCUCUCCCCCCGCUUGGUGUGGCUCCCCCGGAGCGUAAAGUGCGUAAGAUGUCCGAAAAUCGGGACGAAAUCCUCGCCGACUUUCAGAGCAUAACGGCCAUCGACGAUGUGGCCGAAGCGAUAUUUCACCUGGAAGCAUCGAACUGGAAUUUGAUUAACGCGAUACAGCGUGUACUGCCACAGGAUCCGACGGAUCAUCACAGCACGCCAGCCGCCGCAACCGUACCGCCGGCGUACAGUGCGAGCGAGCGGGCCGCCAGCAGCAAUGGCAGCGGCGGCCCGGGUGCGGCCCACUCCUCGUCCGCACUGUUUGGCGGGGGCCGCAACAUGGGCCUGUACUCCAAUGACCUCAACUUCCUGGAGGAGCUGCCGGACGUGGAGGAGCAGAUGACGGCGCCCUCGUCGCCGGUGAAGCCGCUUAACUUCGGCAGCAGGAGGAACGUGGGCCUUGCCAGCGGUGCCGCGUUUAACAUUUCAGAUGUUGGUGCAUCCUCUUCGCGAUCCAGCAGCAAUCACGACAUCCGCGCCGGCACACUCAACUAUCUCGACACGAAACCGGUCGAGCUGCUGUUCAACGUGGCGUUUAAGAACGAGCAGCAUCAGAUCAGCAUAUCGAACCAUGCGACCGUCGGUGAUCUGAAGGCGAAAAUCUUUGACAAAACGCGCGUCCCGGUGUGCCGGCAGGCGCUGAAGGGCUGGGAACCGGGCAAGCAGCGGGAAACGGCCAACCCCAGUACGCCGCUGAAGGCGCUCAACAUUGUCGGCAAGGAGGUGAACCUGAAGCUGACCGACCUUACGUCCGACGGGUUCGUCGGGGAUGUCGAUGUCGAUGUCCAUCCGGCGACGAGCCAGCAGACGUACGUGCUGCACAUCAAUGUGCAGCCGAGCAACCAGCUGCUACACCUCAACUUUCCCGCUCAGCAGGACAUACUGUCGAUCAAGAACCACGUGUACACGGUGACGGAUAUACCGGUGCGCCACCAGGUCUGGUCGGGAUGGCCGAGCAACAUCAGCAACCAUACGACGCUGGCGGAGUCGGGCGUCGGCCAGGAGCACAAUCUGCUGCUCAAGCGGGCCGACGAGAGUAUGAACAAACCGAGCAACAACAACAACAACAACAACAACAAUAAUAACAACAACAACAGCCAUCUGUUGAACGCGCUCAGCAGUGCGGGCACCAGCGCAAACAACAGCCACAGCAGCAGCAGCAGCAGCCGUCACAUGAUGAACUUUGGCGCCGACAGCUUACAGGCCAUUCCAAUCGACUCGGAAAGCAGCGGCGAAGAGUUUGAGGAUGCGUCCGACUUCAACAACGAUGACGAUAUCUUCACCGAAACGCCGAUCAUCAAUCAGCAGAAGCGUUUAAUUCCGGACAAUGUGGAUGAUGAAACGAUCGGCAGCAUACAGUUUGUGGAGAAUUUCGCCGAGCGGUACGGUCCGCAGCAUCCGAUGUUCUUCCAGGGCAGCCUGGAGGAUGCGCUGAAGGAAGCUUGCCACCGACCGUCGGCUCGAGAUCGCAAACUGUUGGCGAUCUAUCUGCACCACGAUGGAAGCGUGCUCACGAACGUGUUCUGCGGCCAGCUGCUAGCAUGUGAAAGUAUCAUCCAGAUUUUGCUGGAGCAUUUCGUCCUGUACGGGUGGGACUUGUCGUUUGAAAGUAACAAAAAUAUGUUUUUAUCAUCAAUAUCGGCCUGCGUGGGUAUGACGGCCUCAAUAACGGUGCGCAACAUCCCGACCGAUCGGUUACCGGCCAUUCUUGUGAUAUCGAAAAAUCGUAGCCAAUGCGAAGUGUUUCAGGUGAUCUAUGGUAAUGUUGGUGUGGAUGAUUUGCUGUCCAAGCUGAUGGAAGCUUCGGACAUGUACAGCGAGCAGCUGAAGAUUGAGCUGCGCGAAGAGAACGAACGAUUCGCCCGGGAGCAGGUGAAGCUCGAGCAGGACGCGGCGUACCGCGAAAGCCUCGAGGCGGACCGGGCCAAGCAGGAAGCGAAGCGGCAGAAGGAGAUGAUGAUACAGACCGAGCGGCGCCGGCUCGAGAGCGAGCGGGCGGAAAACGAAGCCAAGCGUGAGCUGAUACGGGCGAAGGCCCGCAGCACGGUGCCGGACGAGCCGCAGCAGGGCAGCGGCGAAAGCAUCACGAAGAUCCGGGUGCGCACACCGGCCGGGGACAUGCUGGAGCGCAAGUUUACCGUCGAUACGCCGCUCGAGCUGCUGCUAAACUAUAUCACCGCCGAGGGCUAUCUGAUCGACGAGUUUAAAGUGAUCUCAAGCUGGCCUCGCAGAGACUUAACAACACUGAACCACGAAAGCACGCUGAAGGAACUUAAGCUGUACCCGCAGGAAACGUUAAUCCUCGAGGAACGAUGAUCACCGCAUCCGUGAACCGAGCUCGUCCAUCCUGCAGCCAACAACGCCGGCAGUGUCAACCAUGGAACAGUUUCGUUGAAGCAAACCUCCCCCCCCUCCCACCCCUGUACCGUUUGAUCGCGAAACGUAGAGAGUGAGAGUGUGUGUGAGAGAGAACGUAAACUCUUUGUUUUUGGGAUAGAAGGCCGCUUUUCUAAACGCUGUCGUGACGCUUUUUUCCAUCCUAACCUUUAUUUUGUUUCCCAUUUUGAUUAAUACACCUUGGUGUCCUUUUGCUGGUGUGUCCAAGAUCUAAAUUGAUAGCUGCGUUCGUGUGUUCCGUACAUAUUUGGGGGAAGGAUUUUGGCAAAGGCGGGCCCCCCCCUUAUCGGCGAACACACAACGACACAUCAUGAUGUGUGAAGUGUAAGACUAAACGUGAUGAUGCUUCUUGAAAACGCUCCACUCACGCAACAGGUUUAGAAUUGAUUACGAAAAAGCGGAUUCUGUUUUGCUAAACUCACAUGUUCGAUACUCUUUUUGUCCUUUGUACCGCUGUGCUGCAGCGAGCUAAUCCAAACAGCAGCUAUUAACGCACUGUUCCUCCAUCAGUUUUGUUCUGCUCCUUGAUUACGGUUCCUUAGUAAAACUAUGUAUAAAUAUAUCUGUGUGUGUGUGUGCGCAAACCUGUGUGAAUGUAACUCUAACUCUGCACCACCACUCCCCUUUCUCCCAACUUUGUCGAGCCCUAGCGCGCGCGCACACACACACACACACAAGUCGCACUAGGAGAGGAUGGGGCAGUGGGCAACAACAGUAGGUUCAUGUGUUUAACUCUCUUUAGAAUUCGAAUUAUUCCUUUCGGUCAAUCCGGCUCCGUACCCGUUCUCGGAUGCCCCGCGCAUCAAUUGGAUGGGUGCGAGCGCGGGAGGCUUAUUUGCAGGCUCACAUAAUAUACAUAUAAAUACGUCAGCAGUAAGAUUUGUUUACGAAUUAGUUUUUUUUUUUUGGGGGAUGCGUGUUUUGUUUCCUGCCGUGUCUUCUGUGGUGCUUGAUGAUUCUUCUCGCCAUUCAGGUUAAGAGCAAUGCGGGAAGAGUUUUGUAGCUGCAGUGCGCGAAGGAAACUUUAAUGCUAGAAAGGAAAAUAGGGAGUGAAAUGGCAACAUCAGAGGGGGGAAAAACAACCACACACGCAAGAAUGCAAAAAGGGAAAUAAUAUUGAUCUGCCAAAAAAAAAAAAGAGACGCA